GGGACGUCAUCAUGGGCUCUUCACGCGUGGGUCUGAUGCUGAUUCUUCUGGUCAGCGUCCCGGGCUCCGGCGGGGUCUGUCCGAGGCAGUGCGCCUGCUCUGCUCCCGCUGAAGUGCACUGCACCUUCCGAGCGCUCCGGACCGUUCCCACCGGCAUCUCCGGACAGGUCCAGCGCAUUAACUUUGGGUUUAACACCAUAAAUCACAUCACAGACGUGUCCUUUGCUGGCCUUGGGAAACUAGAGCUGCUCAUGAUGCACGGCAACAACGUGCAGAAAAUACCUGAUGCUGCUUUUCAGGAUCUGGUUUCUUUACAGGUUUUAAAAAUGAGCUACAACAAACUUCGAGUCAUCACGGGGCGCACCUUCUCUGGUUUGACAGCCCUUGUUAGACUCCAUCUGGACCACAACCGCAUCGAGUUCAUCCACCCGGAUGCGUUCAGCGGGCUGACGUCACUGCGUCUGCUCCAUCUAGAGGCCAACCAUCUGCAGAAGCUCCAUCCCAAUACUUUCAGCACGUUCUCGCUGCUGCGGCGUUUCCCCGUGUCCACCCUGAAGCAUCUGUACCUGUCCGAGAACCUCCUCCGCACGCUGCCCAGGAACCUGCUGGAGAACAUGCCCCAGCUGGAGAACCUCUUCUUAUACGGAAACCCCUGGAGCUGUGACUGCCGCAUGAGCUGGUUACAGGACUGGAGCCUUCAAAAUGCAGGGGUGAUGAAAUGCAAAAAAGACAGAUCAUUUUCCAGCGGCCAGCUCUGUCCACUGUGUGCAUCUCCUAAACACCUCAAAGGACAAGACCUCUCAGAUCUCAAGGAGUUCACCUGCUCUGGACCAGCUAUCAGCUCUCCAGGAAAGAACGUCUCGCACGAGGACAACAUGAGUGAACUCCUGCCCAUCGAUAGGAUCAAACCACCGUUUGGAAACAUCUCCCUUGGUUUAUCCGAUGAACACGGGACUAAGGUGGAUUUAAUCUGCCAAAUACUUGAACCAAGAGAGUUCACUAAAAUCACCUGGAAUUAUACAAAAUCUUUGGACAUCGCUACAAACGUGACUCUCUUCUUUGACCUGGAGUGUCCUGUGGACAGAGACAACUAUGAGAGCUUUUGGAGGCUUCUUGCAUACUAUAGUGACGUGCCUGUGCAUCUGCGAAGGGAAAUCAUGCUAAGCAGAGAACCAGAGCUGAGCUACAGAUACAGACAGGACAUCGAAAGGGAUGCCUAUUUUUACACUGGCGUCCGAGCCAAUGUUGUAGCCCGUCCAUCUUGGAUCAUGCAGUCUUUCAUAAAUAUCAAAUUAAACAGGCCUUAUUCCUCCUCCAAAAGUGUGAGACUCAUUCUUGACACUCAUUUGACUACCACCACAGACAAAGAGCCCAUCAGAUCUUGGGUCAUGAUUGAACAUGACAAUAAAACUCAGACGAGCUUCAGUUCUGUUGUGGGUGGUGCGAUUGAAAUGGACUGCCGGGUGCAAAGCUCUGGAAAUACAGCCAUUCAUUGGAUGGCACCUGAUGGAUCAAAGAUUAAAGCUGCAUUUGGCUCGACCGACAAAAGAGUGAGCGUUUCUAGCAGCGGUAAACUUCACAUCAAAUCUGUCGAGCACAGAGACUCUGGAGUUUAUUAUUGCAUUGCUGAGGUUGCAGGAGAUAUUGAUGUUUUGCCUUUCCGUUUAUCCGUUAUGGAGUCUUCAACCCCGCUUCCAGGUGAAGAGGUUGGAAACGCUUUAACCAAGUUUGUUGGCGAGUCUGCAUCUUUGCCCUGUCUUACUACGGCGACUCCAGAUGCCGUGGUGAAUUGGAUAUUUCCAGAUGGCAGUGUACUGAAUGCCAAAGCAAAUACAUCCAGGGCUUUAGUCUUUUCAAAUGGGACUUUGUUCAUUCCUUAUAGUCAGCUCAACAAUAAUGGAUAUCACAAAUGCAUCGCCAUGAACCAGCAUGGUGUGGAUGCGCUGGCUACUAAACUAACUGUUAUGAGACAGAAAGGAAUCCAGCCACUUCGACAGUAUCCCAUCAGACCACAGUCUGCAGCGGGAGUGUCCACUAAGGUAAAAGCCUUUUUGGAGGAUGUAGAAGAAGCUUCUGGAGAUGAAACUCAAGAGAGAGUAAUACCAAACAGAAGCUUUAUUAAUCGAAGAAAGGGUCCAAAUGCAAGAACUCAAGGACGUCCUUUUGGCAACAUCCGCCAAAGGCGACCUUUUAGAAAGGGCAUGCAUGGACAACCAAACAGAACUGGCUUAACAAACCAAAGAACUGUUAAUACCAAGAACAAAAUAGACCCUCAGAAGUGGGCUACUCUUUUGGCCAAAAUCCGUGACAAAACCUCUCAGAGGAACUCAUCGAUUAAUAUUGUCCAACAUGGCACAGCAGAGAAAAAUCUGCAGACAGUGAAUGUCGGUUCAGUUGACAACAUUGAGAGUUUUUCUGGAGACUCUAAUUCGCAGGAAGAGUCAAACACUUUCAGCACGCCACACCAAACGGAUGUUUACCACAGACAUGCAAUUACACCUCACACUGAGGGACAAAAUAAUAACGUAUAUCUUACGCCUCUUCCAGAAUUACAAACUAGCUCAGACGUUGUGCCUUACAUCUCAUAUCCCACAUCUGGCCCCCAUUAUGUUAUGACAGAGGUGAAUGUUGUAGAAAGAGGGCAUGUGAGCACCAUAAGUGCAGAAAAUGACCAAGUAUAUUAUAGGUCUGUCAUCAAACCGGAGUCUGAGAAAGAAAAUGAGCUUAAUUUCUCCGGAAAGACCUCCGUCCAUUCGCAGAUUGGAGAGAUUGAUUUUGGACAACCUGACAGCAAUUCAUUUGCUACCACAUCAAGCCCAAGUGCUCCACAAAGUUCAGCACCACCAAGAGUGAAAGAUCACUGGAGCUCCAGGAGAAGAUUUGGAGGUAGACGACGAAUAAAACUGAGAAGGCCGUUCUCUAAGAUUACGACAAGACGACCAUGGUCAACCUCUACAGCUGCAGGAGUUAAUGUUCCAACACUGAAGACCGAUCCAACAAGCCCAGGUGAAGAUACAAAGGUUUAUUCAACUACUGCUCACAUUUUCUCCAGAAGCCCAUCUGGAGACGCAUUGAUCCAUCCAACUAGUACCACCACAGCUCGAAUUUACUCCACAACUUUAGCUGAAAGCACGUCUGAAUGUCAGACUAAUAGACCCAUUUAUCCUACAGUUAGGAGGGUAUUCCCAAAUGCCAUUAAUGAGGAAAACACCAUCUACCUUCUGGAUGAGAAAACUGGUUCACAAAUCCAUAAAAUGAAGGCAAACAAUUUCCUGCAACAGAUGACUCCAAACUCUAGGAGGCCGUCUGCAUCUCCCCCCAUGAGCACAACAUCAGAGUUGGAUAAUGAAGGCAUUACUUCUUUUAAGGAGGAAGAGGACAAAAGCAUUGCAUCUGCAGAGGAGAUGGAUGAGUACUCGGUUCCCACGAGUACGGAUCCGACAUCUCGACUUGGCUUUAAAACCAUUUCACUGACAACUGCUCAGCAAGAUAUUACAGGCACGGUUUCAACAGCCUUACCAAAGGCCAACAAAGAGAUUCAUACAACAGAGAUCGGCUUUACGGACACAGACGGGCUGGAUGUCUUCCACGUACCUGAAUCGCACUUUAGCAAUUUUCUAAGAGAGAAUGAUACAGUGGAAGUAAGUUCUACAGAAGAAUCUGUAGUCACCUCCAUGUCACAACCCCAAGACUACUCUCUUUCACAACCAAAUGAAAGGUUUAAGGAAGAAGAAUCCAUUCACAACCAGGUUUCUUUUUCAUCAACGCCACAGACGCUUACAAAAUCCACAAGUUCACCAUCACCUAUUCUUGCUACUCAAACCAAUGAGAUUUACUUCUUACAACCAAACGCUGUUUCUAAGCAAGACCAGAGGGAAAGGAUUGUCAAUGAACUCAAUGAACCUUUGAUUUCUCCUACAUCAAUGAAUGCUUCGCCCACAAUUACGUUACCAGCAACUACAGCUGUAAUUCCCAUUACAACCCAACACAUUGGAACAACAAUAGCACCUACUACACUGUCAACAGCUGCUACUACUGUGCCUACUUCAACUACUACUACGACAACUACAGCUACUACUACUACUACUACUACUACUACUACUACUACACCUGUUCUAAAGUCAACCACCAGUUAUCUCUUACCAGACAAUAAAAUCCCAUUUUACUCUAUAAAUUCAGGAACAAACUAUAUUGAUUCCAGGCACAGGGAAAGAUUUCACAGCACUAAGCACAGGUAUCCGUACUAUCACAGUAGAAAUCCUUCUGUAAAUAUUAAACCUAAUAUUCUCAGAAAACCUUCCUUCACCACCUCACCUGUGGAUUUAAACUCUCUCAACAACGUCAAAUCAACUAGUACACCUAAGAUAUUAACAGCAACUCCUCGAGCUUCCAGUUUGAGUCCCACAACUGUACCAAACACCAUACAGCCAAACAACCAAAUUCAGAUCAACGUACCACUGAACAGACAUACAGGUGCAGUUCUGUUUCCUCAAGGACCGCAAACUCUUCCUGCCGUGCAUGUGAGGCCCAGGAUCACUGCUGCCAAGCUCUACACAGUUACUGUAAAUGCUGGGACGGAUGUGCAGUUACCGUGUGAUUCUGUGGGCGAGCCGAAACCCCUCCUGACCUGGACUAAAGUUUCCACAGGAGCCGUCAUGUCAGCCAGUACCAGAGUCCAGCGGUUCGAGGUCAGGUCCAACGGCACUUUUGUCAUCCACAACGUCCAGCUUCAGGACCGUGGGCAGUAUCUGUGCAUCGCUCGCAAUCCACAUGGCGUUGAUAAGAUGAUGGUGACACUAGUGGUGUUGGCCCAUGCGCCCAAGAUGACCCUUGCGCGACAUAAAGAUAUAACAGUUUAUCUAGGAAACACUGCACAAUUGGAAUGCCAAGCACACGGUCUCCCGAUCCCAAACAUCAGCUGGGUGCUUCCAGAUCGAUCGGUGGUGCGAGGCAUUAGUAACACAGAACAGAAGGUCAUGCUCUUCACCAAUGGAACGCUUCUAGUUAAAAACACCAAUUACUUGGACAAGGGCAUCUACAAAUGCAUAGCGAGCAAUGCUGCUGGAGCCGACAUGCUUUCCGUGAGGCUACAAAUCACAGCCUUGCCUCCCACAAUCCAAGAGCAGCUCUGGGAGAACUACACCAUCUCUAGUAGCCAAUCAGCGUUCAUGCAUUGCACAGCUAAAGGCACGCCCGAUCCGACUCUCCGCUGGGUCACAUUUACUGGCACCCAGCUUCGCCCUUCGCAGUUCAUCAAUGGCAAUUUGUUUGUUUUUCCCAAUGGGACGCUGUUUAUUCGUAAUCCCACAGAGAAGGAUUCUGGGAAUUAUGAAUGUGUGGCAGUGAAUUCAGUGGGUGUUGCUAAAAGGACUGUGAAUCUACAGGUGAAGAGGAGCUCCACAACAGCUAGAAUCAUGUCCACUUCUGCUCACAGCACUGAUGUCCACUAUGGAGGUCAGCUGAGUCUCAACUGUUCGGCCACUGGAAGUCCCAAUCCCAGGAUCAUCUGGAGGACGCCAUCUAAGAAACUGGUUGACCCAUAUUACAGCUUUGAUCGCAGAAUGAAGGUGUUCAGCAACGGCACACUCACUAUCACAUCAGUGACCGAGAAGGACGAGGGCGACUAUCUCUGCGUGGCCAGAAACAAAAUGGGCGAUGACUACGUUCUCCUUAAAGUCAACGUGAUGAUGAAAGUGGCUAAAAUCGACCACAAGUCGCUCAGCGAUCACAAGGUGUUGUAUGGAGGAGAGCUGAAAGUCGACUGUGUCGCUUCUGGUCUUCCUAAUCCAGAAAUCACUUGGAGUCUUCCGGACGGUACUAUGGUCAACAGCAUCCCUCAAUCUGAUGGGGUUCGCGCCAAGAGAUACGUGAUGUUCGAUAACGGCACGCUGUAUUUAAAUGAAGUCGGAAUGACGGAGGAAGGCGACUACACGUGCUACGCUGAGAAUCGGAUUGGGAAAGAUGAAAUGAAGGUUCAUAUCAAGGUGGUGGCGGAUGCACCAGUCAUCCGAAACAACUUUUACAGCAGCAUCAAAGUUCCUUACGGAGAAACCGCCAUCCUCAACUGCAGCUCCAAGGGAGAGCCAACUCCCGUAAUCACAUGGACAUCUCCGGCUCAUCGCGCAAUAAUGCCAGUCUCUGACAAAUACCAGAUUGCCAAUGAUGGCACUUUGCACAUUCAAAAAACCCAGAGGUAUGACAGCGGGAAUUAUACAUGCUCGGCUAGGAAUUUUGCGGGAAUUGACAAGAAAGUCAUUCACGUUGAAGUCCUUGCGUCAACGCCAGUUAUAAACGGACUUGAGAAUCUUGGGAUCGUUCGCAAAACUGUCGUAAAGGAUCAGCGUGUGCUUUUAGACUGCAAAGCAAACGGAAACCCAAUUCCGAGGAUCAUAUGGGUGUUUCCCAACAACAUUGUGCUUCCGGCACCGUAUUACGGCUCACGUAUUACAGUUCAUCGCAACGGCACACUGGACAUCCACGCGGUGCGCAUAAGUGAUUCCGUUGCGCUUGUUUGCAUUGCACGCAAUGAAGGAGGAGAAGCCAAACUCCAGGUUCAACUAGAGGUGACCGAAGGAGCUGAAAAGCCACAGUUGCUAAAUCCACCUACGGAAACUGUUCAACUCACGAGUGAUGCAAUUAAUCUAAACUGUUCCGUAGAAGGAAAACCGGCGCCGGAGAUCACUUGGAUUCUACCUAAUGGGACGACGCUUCUUAGGGAAACUAGUAUUUUCCGUUUCCAUCAUCGAUUCGAUGGGACUUUGGUUAUUAGAGACCCGUCUGUUUCAGAAAUUGGACGGUACCGAUGCAUCGGGCGAAAUAGCGCUGGAUACGUGGAACGGACUGUGACAUUAGAGUCCAAAAGAAAACCGGAAAUCACUAACAAGUACAGCUCGCUCGUCAGUAUCAUAAACGGCGAGAAUCUGCAUCUCAACUGUUUGUCCAGUGGUCUGCCGUUACCCAAACUUACCUGGACUCUACCGAACGGAGUCGUCCUAACCCGGCCACAAACAACCGGGCGAUAUUCGGUCCUCAACAAUGGCACUCUUGCUGUGCAAAGGACGUCUGUGUACGAUAGAGGGAUGUACCUCUGCCAAACCACUAAUGAGCACGGAUCGUCCAGCCUGUCGGUUUCAGUGAUCGUAAUCGCCUAUCCGCCACGGAUAACCAAAGGACCCUCUCCGGUGACCUACGCCCGCCCGGGUGUGGCGCUUCAGUUAAACUGCAUUCCUCUUGCUACGCCUAAAGCCGAGGUGGUCUGGGAAAUCCCUGACGGUCUUCAGCUGAAGGUCGGCGUCCAGCCGCGGCUCUAUGGAAACAAGUAUCUCCAUCCGCAAGGUUCACUGGUCAUUCAGAAUCCUUCCAGCAGAGACAAUGGUGUUUAUAAGUGCACGGCCAAAAACGUGGUCGGUAGCGAUAGUAGAUCAACUUACGUCUAUGUGUUUUGAUGCAAACUAACUUUUCAGACAAGCCCAGAGAACUGCGUUAAGACUGUUUGCACAAAAAUACAUCAUCCUUUGCAAUCUACUGACUCUUGUAAAUAUGAAAGCGUGAAAUUUCUGUCCACUUCAAAUGAAGCGACUCUGGAGUGUCCGUACAUCAAUGGAUGUUCAUCAGUGCUGUUGGGAAGUAAACUGAUGAUCAAGCUCAUGUGGAAUUUGCAACAAUAGAACUCUGCAUAAUCUCGUUUGUUGAUGUGUUAACUCUUUACUUAAAGCCUUUGUGUAUAAUGUAUUAUAAAAGUAGUUUUAAUGCAUCAAUUCUGCUAUGAAAUACACCUUAUAAUGCAUUGCCGGUUUUACUUUUUACUUUUAACACUUAUACAAUUUUUUUACACUAUGUAUUUUAAAUUUGGUAAUAAUUUACAACGUACAUUAUGAAUAAUUAUUAUAAUGCAGUAUACAUAAAGGCUUUAAGUAAAGUGGUACAAUAUCUAUUGUGCUUUUAAUUAUCAACUCCAUUUAGCAUAUUUUACCAUGAUUAAUUUAAUUGCUAAUGCUUCAGUUUGCCAACUACAAUAUUGAGCAUCAGCUAAGAUUAUUGAUUAUAUGAUUUAUAUUAUUUUUUCUUGCUUUUUGAAUUUUAUUAUUUACUAAUAUAUUAUUGAAAUCAAAAGCUGUAUCUUUUAAUAUUAUUUAAUGCACCUGAACUAACAUGAACUUACAGUGAACGGCUUUAAUUAACCCUAACAAAAAUUAAAUCAAUUCUGAAAUAAAUGCAUUGCUUAAUGUUGCAGCGCAUUUACUAACAUUAACUAACGGGACUUUUAACCAAUUCAUAUAUUGAAAUUUUGCAGAUUUUUGACCCCACAUUAUUUUCACAUUUUACAUGCAUUCAUUUAGCACUAAAACGUUAGUGACUGAAACAUCAGAAACUAGUCUUAAAAAUGCAACAGAGAACAAUUUACUUUUAUAUUAGAAAGCUUGACUCUUAUUGAAUUGUUCAUUAAUAAUAACUUCUUUAACAUCCACUCAUGCAUAUUUAUGAAUGAAAAGUGCUCAUUGCAUGAAAUAGGAGUCUGGUUAAACUGCUGCACUUCAUAUGUGAACAUAAUUAGAUCAUUUCUACCGCAACUGAUGACUAUGAGCAUUAAUGUUUUCUUAUGAUGCUUCCCUUGCAUGAAUAAGAUCAAUAACUGACCAAUGCUCAGUUUUAUAACAUUAGUAUGCUGCUAAGCUAAUGUGCUCAGUGUGCAGCAUCAUAUUUGGGUGCUUAUGUAUAUUCAUAUUCUUAUGAAACAUUGAAAGGAUGUCUAAUCUCUCCUCAGCUUUGCUUUCACUAGUCUUUGCAUCUCAGCACGCUGCCUUUUUAGCAGGUUUUGCGACGCAGCUUUUAACAGCUAUGCUUGGCCAGCGUGAAAAUCUAGUGAAAAUGCUUUAUUAUAUUAAAUCAGGGAUUGCUUCCAGAGCACAUUAUUAAGACUUUUUUUUCUUUUGCCACGUAUACAAUGAUGCUGCACUUGAGAAAGGUUGAGAAACGGGUGUGAAAUAGUCUCUUCUCACUUCAACGCUGGACCAAGAGCUGAUUUAAUACAUGGUUCGCACAGAAAAACAAAUCUAUAUUUGUUUAUGCCUUUUCUGUAUAUCAUCAUUCAUUUAUUUGAAUAAAUUAUGUCUUUUUUUUGUGCCAAAAAUCUAAUCCACAUCCACAAGUUUAUUAUUUAUAAAAAAGUACUUCA